AACUGACGAUCAGGUCUACUAUAUGCAAGGUGCUCGCUAAGGAUCUUAAAACCACCGUCAACGUCGAGUCUACAGCACACAAGAGAGCUCACAUUCGCACCGUCACACAUCCAAAAAAUACUUGCUCAUACUCGAUUACUUUACAAUUUCACUGGCGGAGGCAUAGCCAUGGCUUCUGGUACAUCGAGGAAGGCAGCUGCCACGAAACGGAUUCUGACACCAUCAAUGACUUUGGAGGGUCACGAAAAACUAAUUCAAUCCAUAUCCUACUUUCCAGAUGGCCAGCGAAUGAUCAGCGGAUCUCACGACAAGACGACUCGGCAAUGGGAUAUGAAGGCGGGCAAGGAGAUCGAGGAAGCGCGGAAUGUUUGUAAGGUUGAGGUAUGGGCAGUGGCGGUGUCAAGGGAUGGUCGAUGGGUUGUUACUGGUGGCAGAGAUUCCUCUGGCGAUCAUGCAGAACUGAAAGCCUGUAAGGUUGAAACGGGGAUCGUGAGAACAUUCAAAGGGUCAUGGAAGAUCACCUGCAUUGAUAUCUCUGUAGACAACACGCUCCUGGCGAGCGGGGCAGAUGAUUAUACAGCACGGAUAUGGAACUUGGGUACCGGCAAACUCGUGGCUGGUCCAUUCAAGGGCAUUGAAUGGCCGGGCGCAGUUCGAUUCUCAACGGACUCGAAGAAGCUCGCAGUCAAGUCGUGGUUAGGGACGUGCCUUGAGGUCUGGGAUGUCCAAUCACAGACAUUGGAUGUGAGGAGAGGGGUUCCUGGUACUGGACCACUUGCAAAUACGCCGCUUUUCUGGACAAAGAACAACAAAAACAUUAUAGCCCCAUUCAGCUUCCCCGUGCAUCCUGAUAAAAUCAGCACGAUCUACGAGUUUGACGCAUCGACGCUGGAGACUGUUGGAACUCCCUUCGAAGGGCAUACCCAGAAUAUCACUGGUCUAGCACUUUCGUCUGAUGGAGCUCUUCUGGCCAGUGCUUCAAGAGACUACUCUAUCAAACUCUGGGCUAUGGAGUCACGCCAACUCCUCGCUUCCUUCGACGUCCAGAACCCCAUUACUCUUGUCCUCUCACCCGAUUCGUGCAAACUAGUUUACACGACACAGAUGAAAGAUAAUUACAAGAUCUACAUAUGCAAUACUCCGCCCGCCGUCCUUGCUCAGACAAGUGCACGCAAAAAAUCAGUCCGCAGGGAUCUACUCAAUUCCAGUGCAACUCGUCCUCCUACUGGGCGCCGCAGACCAGCAAUAUCUGCCAUACCUAUGCCAUUGAGACCCCCACCUACGAUAAACCCGAAGGAACGCGUUUUCCCGAGCCUCAGCAAACUUCUUCACUUCGCUCCUCGCACAAACGCACUACACUCUGUUCAAAACGAUCAACAUCCGAGUCGUGAUCCCUUAGAUGUCCCUGCUACUUUACCCCUACAAUCCCCUCUCUCUGGGCAGGCCGCAACUCAGAUUGACCGUUUUGAAAUAAGUUCUCUGCCUCCCCCCUCAAACGGAGUCACACAAUUCAUACGACAACACCUUUCUUUCCUCGUGCCAAAACAUAAUCACGCACCAGUCGUCGAAGUCGCACCUGGGCGAAAGUUCACUCGGCUGGCUGCUGCCAAACUACCGGAAUACAAAAAAGUAGAUGAUACCCGAUAUCCAUCUGGCCAGCAAGCUGCCGUGCCACAGCAAAAUGACUCAUCCGACGUCGAUUCACUCCCAGACGUGCAUUGGUGCACAGCAUUCCUGUGCUACUAUUCCUGUUUAUCUCAUGGCGGACUGAGGAUGCCUCCUCGAUGGCGCUUGGAACGCGUUGACAUAGCUCGCCAAAAUGGUGCAACGAAUAGCAGCCAUAGUGGUGCUCCCGGGGUCCAGCACGAGGAAAUUGAAUUGAAAUCGAUGACUCAUCAGUCACAGCCAGAGGCAGGACCAUCUCACCUUGCUGUAGCCACGAAUAUCUAGGGGCGCAGUCUUCAUAAAUGUUUCAUUUGUUGAGCAGUUCAUAUGUUAGGUCUUGCAUAAUUUCGUGAACCAGCCGCCUUGUUUGAACCAACUUCAUGCCCUUUCUUUCGUACGACUAUGGCUUUUGAGUCAACACUGUUUUCGUAGCUGGUUAACUUGGAGUCAAUCUGUUGUUCGUCAUACACACCAUCUUGCCAGCGUUAGCGAGGCACGUGAUGCAAGAUAUCGACAGGCUCUUAAACAAUCCUUGUUCGAGUCCAGGAACUCUUGCUGUCAUCUGCAAUGACCUGUAUGUCUCACUGCGUUUGCCUACAUCUUACUCGCCUUUUUCUGUAGAGUGAUUUAGCAUUAUAGGAAAUGUAAAGGUAAUCAAUAUUGAACGUUGAGGAGCUUAAUAAUAGAUGGUGUGUUUAAAACUUCUAGCGUGAAUGAAUAGAUG